GCUAGUGUUCGUUAGUCGUGAAUGCGAGAGUCGUACGCACGUUCUGAAAGAUGGCAGAUAAUGUGCACGGCGAAAAAAACAUGUCCAACAACGUUCAGCCAAAAUCCAUGGGACAUAAGAAGAAAAAGAGGGAAAAUAAGAAGAAGAAGGUAUCUAACAAUGCCAAGAUGGAACAUAGCAGCAAAGGUGGUACUUUUGAUACAAGAAGCAAGGAUGGACCAUCUAAAUCUUCUCCUCUGACUGAGCAAAAGACUCUUUUGCAAAGGGCACAGAAAUAUAAAUACAUAGGAAAUGUACAUUUCAAAAUGAGACAAUAUGAUGAAGCUAUUGCUGAAUAUAAUAAAGCAAUCGACAUAUGUCCAAAGGAAAAAGUGGAUGACCUUGCGAUUUUUUAUCAAAAUAGAGCGGCUGCAAAUGAACAAUUGAAAAAAUACAGUUCUGUUGAGGCAGAUUGUACAAAAGCGUUGGAACUAAAUUCAAAAUAUACUAAAGCUUUGCUACGUCGGGCACGUGCUUUGGAGCAAACAGGGGACUUGGAAGCCGCUUUGAAAGAUUCGUUUAUCGUGUGUAUCCACGAAGAUGUUUCGAAUAAAACUUCCUUUUUAAAACUACAUGAGAUCUAUGUAAAGCUUGGUAAAUUAUAUGUUCAAGAAAAUUUGGCAAACAGAAAGUUUCUAUUGCCAAGUAAGUAUACCAUCAAAAUAUUCAUUGAAUAUUUCCCUAAAGAUCCAGUAUUUUCUAGACUUCAACAUCCAACAAAUUUUCCCCAAUUUUUUAAGAAGCCGUUAGAAGCGUUAAAAAAUGCAGAAUACGAUGAUAUAAUACCACUGUGCACAGAAAUCAUUAAAAGUGACGAAUUUGAUAAAUUAUCUUCGUCUAAACUAGAGGUAUUAUUAUUACGGGCUACAUUUUAUAUACUUUUGGGCGAUUACGUUUCUGCAAUUCGAGAUUUUGAAAGUAUACUAAAUAGUGAAGAUGCAACCGAUGACGUAAAAAUAUGCGCUCUGAUAAAAAGGGCGCGUGUGUACGUGAAACUCGAGAUGUUAGAAAUCGCUUUCGAGGACUUCGAAUUAGCCAUUAGUAUAAAUGCACGUUAUGGUGAUAUCUAUUAUCAAAGAGGACAGACAUAUUUGUUAAUGGAAAAACUAGACGAUGCUAAGCGAGAUUUUGAAAGAGCCGUUGAAUGCAAUUCAAACUUCGGAAUGGCAUAUUUGCUUACAUGUUACGUAGAUUUUAAAUUAGCGGAAGAGAAUUUGGAUUUAAGAUUAACCAGAGUGGUAGUGAAAAAGUUCGAAAGAGCUUUUAAAAGGUUCCUAAAUCCUCCUGAAAGUAUUUAUUGUUAUACGUUGUAUGCUGACAUAAUGUCUGAAACAGAACUAUGCCUAAACUUUAAAAAAGCUGAUGCUUGUCUUGCUAAAGCAAUAGUGAAAUAUCCGGAGUAUGCGGUUAUUCUUGAAACAAGAGGCUUACUGCAAUUACAAUGGCAUGAUAAUAUUGAUAAAGCAAUGGAAUAUUUUAACAAAGCGAUAGAAUUGGAUUACAAAUGCGAGACUGCAUAUAAAGAAUUAGGAAAACUUGAAAUUCGAAGAGAAAAUUUUGAAAAAGCAAUAAAAUUACUUGAUAAGGCUUUAAUAUUCUGUUGUACAUACAAGGAAUUGUUACAAAUAUACAUCUUGAGAAACUCUGCAAAAGUACAACUUGAUGUAAAGAAUGAAUUAGGAAGCAUUCCUCCAAUUCUUCGGUCGAUUUCUGAUUUUAUCAAAAUUCAAAAUGUGGAAAAACCCGAUUGGCUUAAAAGGACUUCUUCCGCUGUCCAACUGGAGACUUUUUUACAAAAAGCGCAGAAGUAUAACAACGUAGGAAAUGUAUAUUUCAAAAUGGGAAAGCAGAAUGAAGCUAUAGUUCAGUAUAAUAAAGCUGUCGACAUCUGUCCAAAGGAAAAUGUCGCGAAUCUUGCAAUUUUUUAUCAAAACAGAGCUGCUGCGUAUGAGCAGUUGAAAAAAUAUAGUUCUGUAAAAGCAGAUUGCACAAAAGCGUUGGAACUAAAUCCAGAAUAUACGAAAGCUUUCCGACGUCGGGCACAUGUUUUGGAGCAAAUUGGAGAUUUGGAAGCCGCCAUAAAAGAUUGGAUUGCAGUGUGUGUUGACGAAGGAUUUUCUGAUCAUGUUUCUCUUUCAAAGGCAGAUAAGGUCUUGGACAAGUUUCAAAUACAAUGCGCUGAAGAAAGUUGGAUGCAAAAAAAGUUACUUAUGCCAAUUAAAUAUUCGAUUGAAUUAUAUUUUAUGACUUUCUCUAAGGAUCCAGUGUUUUGUAGACUUCAAUGUCCAGAAAAUAUUCCAGAAUUUUUCAAGAAACCGUUUAAAGCAUUCAAGGAUCAGAAAUAUGAUGAUAUAAUACCGUUAUGUACGGAAAUUAUUAAAAGUCCGGAAUUUGAGACAUUAUCUUCAACUAAAUUAGAGAUACUAUUAUUACGAGCUACAUUUUACUUACUUAUGGGAGAUUAUAGUGCUGCAAUUCAAGAUUUUGAAAACGUUCUGAGCAACGAAGAUUUGUCCGAUGACUUAAGGAUAAACGUCCUGAUAAAGAGAGCGGACUUACAUAUGCAAUUAAAGUAUUUCGAAAAGUCUUUCGAGGAUUUUGAAUUGGCCAUUAGUAUAAAUUCAACAUGUAGCGACAUCUAUUAUCAUAGAGGAUGGGCACAUGUAUUUAUGCACAGAGAAAACGAAGCUAAACUUGAUUUUGAAAAGGCUCUUGAAUACAAUCCAAACUUCAUCACAGCACACAUACAAAAAUGUUGCCUGGAUUAUUGUAUCGCAAAAUCAAAUGGUGAUAUAAUAUUAAUUAAAGCAGCUAUCGAAGCUGUUGAGAGAACCUUUGUAAAGUAUCAAAAUUUUCCUGAAUGUAAGUUAUGGUAUUUAUUGUAUACUGAGAUAAUGUUAUCAUUUCAACAAUAUCAAAAGGUUGAUACUUAUCUUGCGAAGGUAAUCGAGAAAGAUCCAAAGUGUGCACUUGCCUAUAUAAACAGAGGUCUUAUACAACUUUGUAACGGUAAUAUUGGUAAAAGUAUGGAAUAUAUACACAAAGCGAUAAAGAUUGAUGAAAAGUUCGGACUGCCUUAUGAAAUAUUAGGAAUCAUCGAAACAAAAAAAGGAAAUCUAGAGGAUGCGAUAAGGUUAUUUGACAAAGCUAUAAUAUACUCUACUACAUUCAAGGAAGUGCUAACCAUUUGCAAAGAGAAAAUUGCAACAAAAAUUGAACUUUAUAUAAGGAAUCAAUUAGACAUAGAACAUACUCCCCGCUUAUUUCAGUCGUUCUCUCGAUUCAGUGAUAUACAUAUUGAAGCAGAACUCUUGGAUUGUUUAAUCAGUUAA